AGAUCAGGCCAUACGUCGCAUCAUUAGCUGGGUAUCUUCCCAAACUAUGGAUUGAAUCCGAAGAACACAAUAUGCUACGAUGUUCGAUUCUUACUACUCUCACUUUUAUAGUUAAGGUAGAGUGUGCAUGAGAUCUAUUGUAUCUGCUACAUAAUUAUAGUCAUGAUGGAUUAGAUGGUAGUAAUGUUGAUAUGGUGAUGAUGAUGGUAGUGGUUUUACAAUGGUACUGAUGAUGAUGGUAGUGGUUUUACAAUGGUACUGAUGAUGAUGGUAGUGGUUUUACAAUGGUACUGAUGAUGAUGGUAGUGGUUUUACAAUGGUACUGAUGAUGAUGGUAGUGGUUUUACAAUGGUACUGAUGAUGAUGGUAGUGGUUUUACAAUGGUACUGAUGAUGAUGGUCGUGGUGUUACAAUGGUACUGAUGAUGAUGGUCGUGAUGAUGAUGGUAGUGGUGUUGCAAUGGUACUGAUGAUGAUGGUCGUGAUGAUGAUGGUAGUGGUGUUGCAAUGGUACUGAUGAUGAUGGUCGUGAUGAUGGUAGAUGAUCAACUCGGACUAACUAUGGAAAUUUUAAUAUUACUGAGAUUUAUUGCUCCAAAAACCUGGAAUGCUGUUGAUGAAUUAUUUAAGUCUUUAAGCAGAGUUUCGUUUAAAUGUAAUUUAAAUAAAACGUCAAAUAAUUUGUGGAUGUGAUGGCUAAUUAUUGUCACUUCUUGUCAAGACUUGUGCUAGGCAGCAAUUGGUCAUUGAUAUGCCAAGACUACCCUAUUUUGUGCUAAAAUGUAACUAGAGUCUUUGUUUUCUGCGUAUUGUGUUGUAUUUUUGUCGUACUGUAAUUUAUAGAUUUAGCUAGUUUGUGAUUCGAAGCACAACAAAUUUGGAUUCUAAUGCGUCUUUUUGCCACUUUAGGGUCUAGGGUCAGAGUCCGUUUAUCUCUAUCCUUUCUUAACCCCAGUUAUCCAACUGAGCACUGAUGUUGGUCAGGUAAGGCUUUAGGUCGUUGAUACUAAAAGUUAUUUAGUGGGGUUUUUUUUGUAUUUCUUGGAAUAACUUACUAAACUGCAUUUAUUCCAGCCACCACACGUGUACCUGUUAGAAGAUGGAUUGGAACUGUGGUACUGUAUAUGCUCUUUAGAUAUUUUGUUCCAUUCAUAUUCUACCCAGCUGUCAACAGUGACGUAGCCAGCCCGACAAUUUAGUCCCGCUAUGCAACAUGCCUGUAUAUUUAGUUUUUUUGCAGGUAGCCAAAAAAUAUUUGCAGUUAAAUCUGUGCUCAAACCCAAUUGCUCGAAAAUUUUCACAUAUCAAGCAGACAAGAUUGUCGGCUGAUGAAUAAAAUUCGGUCACAGAACAGGGAAUUUUAAGUUUUUGAUGGCAUCAUUUGAUGAAUUUACGUCUUGAGUAUGACUCUUAUUAAAUCUGGUUGGUAAAUAUUGCAAAAUGUAUUCGGAAAAAUUGAAAUCUCUACUUAAGCAUGCGUAAGACCUUCUGACCAAGCAUUGCAGUUAGCUUCAGGCACUUGCAGGUAGUGCCACUACCUAGGAUCCCAACAUCUGACAGGCAUGCUAUGCAAAUUCAAAAUUAUCAUUAUAUUUGCUCUUUUGGUGUAAUGUACUCAGGUGAAUAAGAUGCUUGUGACGUUACUCUGAGUGUAUAUCCACACCGGGCAGGCUUGAAAAAUAUGGCUGGCCACGGUGGGAAUCGAACCUACGACCUUUGGAAAGGUCGUAGGUUCGAUUCCCACCAUGGCCAGGCAUAUUUUUCAAGCAUGCCCGGUGUGGAUAUACACUCAGAGUGACAUCACAAGCAUAUUAUUAUCAUCAUUCAUUUCUUCAGAAAUUGAUUGUUUUCACAGUCAAUUUACACGAAAAUAUUCGCAUAGCGGGACUAAUCGUCGAGCUGACUACGCUACUGGCUGUCAAAGUAUUAAGAGAGUUGAUGAGAGUUAGCAAGCGAAAGUUUGCGUCAGAGUUUUCUCACUUCUCGUGCGGUGGGGGUGGGUGGGGUAUGUAAAUUUUUGCCGAUUUAUCUCAACAUCUAAUUAAUAUUUCUUUUCCCAAAAUGUUUUUUUUGGGGGGGGGGACGAAGGGCCUGGACAUAAUUUCCGGACUUUAUAUUUUCACUUUCUUUUGGGUUAACGUACCGUUAUUCGUUAAAUUUUUCCUUAAUAUUUUCGUAAAUUUCUCCAAAUUUUAGGUAUAAUUAUUAGUUUUUAAUCAGUGUCACUCAAAUAUUUUAGUUUUUUCUUUCCUAUCCAAUUCAUGUUUUGCCGACCACGCAAACAAUUUGCCGGCUGGCAUUCAAUAAUUUGCCGAUGGGGGUGGGGUGGGGUGGGGUGGGGGUCCCCCACCUCUAGCGACGGCCCUGCAGUCUCGUGCCUCAGUCAAACGAGAACAUGAGUUGCAUGAGAGUUGAUGCAAGUUGACUGGAUAUUAUUGCUCGUGUGGUAGAAACUCUCAACAACUCUCAUCAAAAUUUGACCAGCUCAAAGUUGAUGAGUGUUGAUUGGAUAUUAUCGCGAGAGGAGCAAAAACUCUCGUCAACUCUUGUCAAAAUUUUCAACCAGUUCAAAGUUGAUCGAAUAGGCCUUGAAUGUCUUGGAAUUUGUAAAGAAGUACUUGAAAGUCCUUGCAUUUAUCUUGCUUUAGUUUAUGGAUAUUUUCUGAAAUUGUUUGACAUUCAAAACGGACAUUUUGUUGAAUUGAUUUUGCAUGUUCAUAUCUGACAAAGCUGUUUGAAACUCAUCAAAGUUGCGUUUUGAACAAUUCAACGUCACAUUUUACUGAUUUCUAACCCCUUCUCUUCGGUAUUUCGGCUUGAAUUUGCUGAUACAUGGCCUUGAAUGUCCUUGAAAAGUCCUUGAAUUUGACUCUACAUGUACGAGCCCUGCUUUUAGUGUACAAUAAGUUACGUUUUAUUGUCUUGUUUUCGUUGUGUUUCAUACUUUAGGUCAAGUACCUUGAAAUGCGCCUCUUCAAUGACGCCAGAACUACUGCAUCUGUUUAAUAAUAUGCCUCAUCUCUUGGGUAAGUUGCGGCUUCCUGAUUCUUAGCUGAAUGAACUAGACCUGAUCCCAUCGGCUCAUUUUCAUAAUCAGUGAAAUACUGAUGGAUCUGUCAUAUACUGUACUGGAUUAAGUAUAUACCAUGUUUGUUUAGAAUUAAGUUCAGAGAAUUUAAGAACAAGUUUCUCGAUAAUCGAAUCUUAUAUACUGCUGGGUGGUCUCGAAUUUCUACAGGUAAAGAGAGCAGUAUUUUUUCAAAUUCACAAAUUUUCUGACUUUGUAAACGUUUAUGAAAUGCCAUUUCUUGAUAAUGUUUUCAGGCUUGGGGUCAUCUUAUUGUAAGCACGUGCAAUAAUAUACUGGGAACCCUCAAAGCCGAAGGAAACUUGAUGUUGGCGAGGGUAAGUUCUAUGAAUGGGGAGGGGGUGGUGUGAGGUAUAAUUUUGCCGAGUCAUUAGUUUGGUCCUGAUUAGCAUAUGUCGCGCACAUUUACUAAACUUUAGAUAACUUACAUUGCAUAUACGCGGAUUACGCAAAGAUCUUCACUUUCACAAUAAAAACUGUCCGAUCUGUCGACUUUUCUUGACUGUUGUGAACUAUACAGAGUUCUGGGGGGGGGGAGGGGUCCAAAUCUCUGAAAUGGCAUUUCCUCGGUUCUGAGGAAGAUUUCAAAUGACUGCCUCAAGGCCCUCAACGAUGGAAACUGAUGCUAACCAUCCGCAACAACUGUUUCGAGAAUGAAACUGUUUCAUGAAAAACCAACUCGUCUGAAUUUCUAUAGGCUGUUGAGGUGGGGGGGGGGGUCUACUCCCUACAGCCCCCUCUAGCGCCAUCCAUGGGUGUGGCUAGGGUAAUCAGUGCAAUUUAUCCAACUUUAGAUCAUCGAGGUUGUGUUUCGAAUGUUUCCCGUCGAAGGACCAAGAUUAUUCGAGUCUGUUUUACCAAAAAUAUUUCAGGCAGUUGUUGAUGGACAGGUAAGAUAAAAAUAUACCGGAUAGCUCCAUCAGUUCUAAUUCUAAUUUGAUCCAGUGUUACUACAGGAGGAUAUCUAAACUAACUUUAUGUAUACUGGAUAGCUCUAUCAGUUGUAAACUGUUCUUCCUAGAGCUCCAGUAAGGAUCAUCUCUUAUUGAUCCAGUACUACUACAGGAGGAAACCUAAACUAAACUAACUUUAUUUAUACUGGAUAGCUCUAUCAGUUCUAAACUGUUCUUCCUAGAGCUCCAGUAAGGAUCAUUUCUUAUUGAUCCAGUACUACUACAGGAGCAAACCUAAACUAAACUAACUUUAUUUAUACUGGAUAGCUCUAUCAGUUCUAAACUGUUAUUCCUAGAGCUCCAGUAAGGACCAUCUCUUAUUGAUCCAGUGUUACUACAGGAAGAAACCUGAACUAAACUAACUUUAUGUAUACUGCAUAAUUCUAUCAGUUCUAAACUGUUCUCCCUAGAGAUCCAGUAAGGAUCAUCUCUUAUUGAUCCAGUGUUACUACAGGAGGAAACCUAAACUAAACUAACUUUAUUUAUACUGGAUAGCUCUAUCAGUUCUAAUCUAUCAGUUCUCUGAAGGUCCAGGAAGAGUCAAAUCGUCAAACGUGGAUAACAACAGUCGCACAGCAGUAAAUAACAUAGAAUUUCAUGACUGUUAUAGGAGUAUGGUCCAUUGCUGGCAAUCUACGUAUCUCUGUUUGCUGUUAUGCUAUUAAAAAACAAGCCGAAUUUUGACAGUUUUGUUCAAAUGCUCGCCGAACAAUAUGGGAAAUCGGUAAGUUCUUAGGUAAAUAUAUAAAUCGCGUCAAUGUAACUGGUUAUAAGAAAAUACUUUUUCCUUCGAUAAAAAUAAUGGAUUGAACUUUAUUUUUAAGGCUAACGACUUGAUCGGUGUAUUUUUGGAUUCUUGGCUUGAACGAGUAAGUAACGUGAAUAAUUACAAUUAAAUAUCAAGAUUUCGCUGGCAUCCCACUUGAUUGAAUAUUAGUUGAAAGCAGGGACGUACCUGUAGUGAAGCAUCUGAAGUUGGGGGGGGGGGGGGGGGGGGGCGGAGGAUUUUACCUGAAAUUAGAAUUUCAAUGUAAAAAAUUUGCCUGGAGUGUAAUAAUUAUAAUAAAGCUUUUUGUGAUUGAUUCGCACUGUCAUACUAAGUUUCUGGAGAAAAGGGGGGUCUGAGGACCCCCAGACAGACCCCCAGAAAAUUUUUACAUUUUUGAAGCUCUAGGACUGCAUUUUUGGCAUUUUCUAAAGCAAAUUCGCAAACAAAUUGGAUGUGAAUUGAAUUGACUGUAUUUUACCAAAAUGGUUAUCAUUUCACCAAAAUAAUUACUUUAUUACGCAAAUUUUACCUGAAAAUGACAAAAUUUUAACUUGAAUUUUACCUGAUUUUUGCUUGAGUUUCACAAUUGGGGGGGGAGGUUACACCCCCCCGGUCGCUACGUCCCUGGUUGAAGGGUAUUGUAGAUGGAAAUUAUGGAAUGGAAAAUUAUAUACAUUUUCGUAGACCUAACCAGGAACAACUGCGAAAAAUGCAACUACAGGGUAUAUAAAAAAAGUAGACAAUUUUGAAACGGCUCUCAAUUUCACAAAUCCGUUCACUUCAUGAAAUGUUUGAUAAAUAUAGAUUGUUUGGGUACUUAUAAUGUAGAAUAAAUAAAACGUUUUCGUGAAGAUAAAUUUUCCAGAUCAGGGGGGGGGCUAUUUUUGCAGCAUUAAAAAUAGUUUGGCGCUAAAUUUAACAGUUUAAACGCAUUUCGAGUUCAUGGGCGAGAAAUUUAUUAUGUGUUUUAUUAAUGGUCCAAAUAUCAGAACAAUUUCAGAAACUUUCAUUAUUUGGCACCAAUGUUUGCAUAUUGUUAUUUUACUUUUUUACAGUAAAUGUAUCUGGCGGUUGAAAAACACAAAAUAGUUGAAUAUUUAAAUUGUUAAAUACAAUUAUUAUUGAUGUUGUAAAAUUGACGCCAUAUUUAUACAGCAAUAUAAGCAAAACUUACUGAACUUCAGACCUCAUUUUCUCUUUGGCGUACCAUCUAAAAUCUCUUCAUUUUAGCAUUAUUGAUCAAAAAUUAUUAAAAAUAUUGAAUAUAGUCAUAACCAUAUUCAUUAGUUUUAAAGAACGUGUGUUACGUAACAUACAAAAUAUUCUCAUCUUUUAAAAGAAUUUAUGGGAGCAUUUAUUUUGUUCAGAUGGAUUCAAUUUCCAAAACAGAGCGAAGAAAACUUACAACUAUGGCGCUAUGUUCACUUCUUCCUUUCAAACAAGAGUGAGUGACUAUAGUAUUUGUAGCUUUAUUCCUUUUUUCGUUCGCUGAACUAUUUGUCUUGUUGUUUUGGUAUAGAGUUAUACACAGUCGCUUUGCUGUAAUUAUUGAGAUAGCCGUUGAUGUUCUUAACGAAUUGAAUAAAGGCGACACCUACCCAUCAGAGUAAGUAUAAUCUUUCUACGGAAAUUUUGGAUUUUCGGCAGGAGUUGAAUUUUGAAAAAAUCUCGCAUCUUGUAACAAGUUUGUCAACAAGCCGUCAACAAGUUGUCAACAAGUUUGGAACAAGCUGUUAACAAUUUGUAACAACCUUGUUGAUAUUAUCAGGCUUGUUGCAAGGUUGUUCCAACAAGUCGGAUACAGUCAUGAUAUAACAGUACUGUUACAACCUUUUGUCGUCAACCUUGUAACAUUCUUGUUAUAUCAUGACUGUAUCAGACUUGUUAGAACAAACUUGCAACAAGUCUCAUAAUGUCAUCAAGCUUGUUACAAGUUGUUAACAGCUUGUUCCAAACUUGUUACAACAACUGGGAACAAGCAGUGCGAACACAACUUGUCGACAGCUUGUGAACAGAUUUGUAGCAACUUGUUUGCAGACCUGUAACAACUUGUGCGUUUUUACUUGUGUAUAAGAAAGUUUGUAUAUUGUAUGUCAGACCUAACAGCAAAUUGUUCAUUCGGGGAACAUGAUAUUGUGUACAUGAUAGUUUUUUCCUCUGCAGUUAUUUACUGAUGAAUUCAGAUGAUGAUGAAGACGAAGAAGAUUAUGACUCCCAAGAACAUUUGCGACGCAAGGAGGUUAGAUUGAGCCACCUAUACGCACGCAAUAAUCUCACCUCUUGUAGCAAGUCUGCCAGCAAGUCGUCGACAAGUUGUGUUCGCACUGCUUGUCCCAAGUUGUCAACAAGUUUGGAAGAAGCUGUUAACAACUUGUAACAACCUUGUUGAUAUUAUCAGACUUGUUGCAAGGUUGUUCCAUACAUUCGUGAUAUAACAAUAUUGUUACAACCUUGUGUCGUCAACCUUGUAACAUUCUUGUUAUAUCGUGACUGUAUUAAGACUUGUUAGAGCAACCUUGUAACAGGUCUGAUAAUGCCAUCAGCUUGUUACAAGUUGUUAACAGCUUGUUCCAAACUUAUUACAACAACUGGGAACAAGCAGUGCGAACACAACUUGUCGACAGUUUGUGAACAGAUUUGUAACAACUUGUUUGCAGACUUGCAACAACUUGUGCGUUUUUACGUGUUUACACGCGCAAAAUCUUAUCAAAAAGGUGUGUUUGCAACAGGCUUGUAGCUAACCUGCGAUCAGGCGUUCUUGGAGAGCCUGAUCGCAGAUUAUCUUGCAGCAAGCUUGUCAACAAGUUGUAACAAUGCUGUAAUUAUUGUCAAGUUGCUACAAGGUUGUCACUCACAACUUGUUGACAAAUUGUUGAAUUGCAGAACGAUAACAAGUUGUUGGAACAACUUGUAACAAGUCUGUUGAGCUCAACAACCUUGUAGCAAGUUGUCAAGAAGCUGGGAACAAGCAGUGCGAACACAUUCUGUUAUCGGCCUUAUCCAACAAGUCCAAUACAGUCAUGUAAUAUUGUUACAACCUUGUGUCAUCAAUUUGUAACAUUCUUGUUAUACCUUGACUGUAUCAGACUUGUUAGAACGACCUUGAAACAAGCUUGUCUGAUAAUGCCAUCAAGCUUGUUACAAGUUGUUAACAGUUUGUUUCAAACUUGUUACAACAACUGGGAACAAGCAGUGCGAACACAACUUGUCGACAGCUUGUGAACAGAUUUGUAACAACUUGUUUGCAGACCUGGAACAACUUGUGCGUUUUUACGUGUGUAGUUAAAAUCGAGUAGCCAUGGGUAUUGGGUAGCACGCACUCGUUCGCCGAAUAGGUUUAUUGAGAAAUACAAAUACCUAGUAGCCACAUGCUUUUAUUUUUUCUUCAGUUAAACGCCAAAGAUCCUGUCUAUACAGUCAAACUAACAUUAUUCGUUCGAGAUACGUUACGGCAAUGCCAACAGGCUUAUGGGGACCAAAAUUUUCAAGCCAUGAUGGCGUCCGUUGAAAGCUCGGUCAUUAACGAGUUACAAUCCUUCAUUAACUCUGAAAGGUAUGCAGGCCUUUUAUACUAACAUUCGAUCGAUUGAUUGAAUGAUGGAAUAAUUCAUUGAUGGGGUAAUCGGUUGAUGCCACCAUUUAUUUUUUGAUUAAUUGUUUUUGGAUGAUACUUAUAUACCCGCAAAGAUCUCACAUCUUGUAGCAAGUCUGCCGACAAGCCGUCAACAAGUUGUGUUCGCACACUUGCCCAAAGUUAUCAACAAGUAGUAUAUGGAACAAGCUGUUAAAAACUUGUAACAACCUUGUUGAUAUUAUCAGGCUUGUUGCAAGGUUGUUCCAACAAGUCCGAUACAGUCAUGAUAUAACAGUAUUGUUACAACCUUGUGUAGUCAACUUUGUAACAUUCUUGCUAUCUCAUAGCUGUAUCAGAUUUGUUAGAACAACUUUGUAUCAAGUCUGAUAAUGCCAUCAGGCUUGUUACAAGUUGUUAACAGCUUGUUCCAAACUUGUCACAACAACUGGGAACAAGCAGUGCGAACACAACUUGUCGACAGCUUGUGAACAGAUUUGUAAUAACUAAUUGUUUGCAGGCCUGUAACAACUUGUGCGUUUUCACGCGUGUGUAGCUCAUUGACAACAAUAUCGAACUGACAAAUUCACAGACUAUUUCACAGCUUACAGACUUUGCUUGCAAACUCAAAACACUUACUUAAAUUAUUUUGAAAGGCACUCAUCUUUCGUGCAGUCACUGUUUCAUCUUUGACUAUAUAUAUUUUUUUUUCAGAUGACAUAUGCAGACAAAAUUUUUGUACAAGAAGACGUAAAUAUGAAGCCCUCAAGCGAGUGCUAAUUAGAAUAUUCAAGCCAUGUUGACCGUGGCAUCUCUAGACCUAUUAUAUAUUAUUCUUCGAAUAUGGCGAUGAUCAUCAUGAUGGCGAUGAUUCUUAUAUUUUUUGCACUGUUGAAGAACCUACCACGGAAUGCAAGCGUCGGCGCUUUUGCCAACUAAAUGUACGUCGUGUCUUCCACAAAACAAAACAGAUAUAUAUGGUAUACACCUGGAAAUGGAAGCCGUCAAAUUUGGAUUCCUACCAAAAAGUUUUUGACCUGUUUAUUGUCAUGCAAAUGCAGAGCGCGGAUCUGCCGUGGGGUUGCAGGGGGGGGGGGCAGUGGGGGAGAGGGAGGUGCGCACCCAGCUUAGUGGUGUCUAACACCCCCAUAUAGAAGUCCAGCACCACCCUAAAAAAAUCUGCUGGACCAUACAUUUUCUGCUUUUCGAAUAGCGAUUAGCUCAACUACUGUUAGCGCGUGUCGAUUCCUCGAAACGAUUUAAUCGAUUUGCGAGCUCACGGGAAAGUACUCCGAAUGCUUUUAAUUAAAUUUCAUGGUUAAAUAUGUAAGCAUGUCAAGGUUGUUAUAUAGCCAUAUUUUCAAGUAUGCUAUACUUUAACAAGCAACUUUACUGUACUGUGCUACAGCAACUGUCCAGUCACGCAUACGUGAUAUAAACUUUAUAAACGAAAGAUAAUGUAAAACGUAACAGAACGGCGAACAUGCAGAUUCGGCCAUCUCAAAUAAUGGUAAUGUUGGGCUAGUAGCGUUGCAGACUGCAGAGGAGAGUGGGCAAUAAGGCUCCCUCAUGCCCCCCCCCCCUUGGAAAACCUGCACCCCUCCUUGCAGAUGAGGCUAGAUUCGCCCCUGAUUAUAAAGAAGACAGUAUCGACUGAUGAUAAAGAAGACAGUAUCGACAUAGUAUUGUUGACAGUUCGUUGACAUUUACCUGUACGAAAUACCUCCUACGAAAUAUUUUCUCGUGUAUUGCAUCUCGGAAAUUUAGUUUUGUAUUUCUUCGCGUCUCCGAAACCACGGCGGUCGAAAAGCACGGGAAAGCGCACAAAACGUCGCGCGCUUUGCAAAUUAGUGACGUUACAGAGACCUCUGUGACGCAAUUAAUUUUAAUUAAUGACGAAAUAAAUGCUUCAAUCAAUUACUGCAAUUGCAGUGAA